AUGGCGAAGAGGCCGCGCAGUGAGGAAGAUGAUGAUGACCUCCACUAUCCAGAUCAUGACUAUGAAGUACCACAACAAAAAGGGGCAAAGAAGAUCUGUAAUAGAGUAAAAUGGACACGUGAUGAGGAUGAAAAGCUGAAGAAGCUAGUUGAACAGCAUGGUACAAGUGACUGGACAUUUAUUGCUGGUCAUCUGCAAAAUCGUUCUGAUUUUCAGUGCCAGCAUCGAUGGCAGAAAGUCCUAAAUCCGGAACUUAUAAAAGGCCCUUGGACUAAAGAAGAAGAUCAAAGGGUUAUUGAACUUGUUCAAAAAUAUGGCCCAAAGCGCUGGUCUUUGAUUGCAAAGCACUUAAAAGGAAGAAUAGGGAAGCAGUGCCGAGAGAGAUGGCACAAUCACCUUAACCCUGAGGUAAAGAAAUCUUCAUGGACUGAAGAGGAGGACAGAAUCAUCUAUGAAGCUCACAAACGUUUGGGAAAUCGGUGGGCUGAAAUUGCAAAGCUGCUUCCUGGAAGGACUGACAAUUCAAUCAAAAAUCAUUGGAACUCCACCAUGCGAAGAAAAGUUGAACAAGAAGGAUAUUUGCAAGAUGGAAUAAAGACUGAGCGAGCCUGUUUAUCAAAACUGACACAUAAAACGUGUACAUCUGCAGAUCAUCUUCAUAUGCAAAAUCAAUUUUACAUACCAGUUCAGAUCCCAGGAUACCAGUAUGUGUCAACAGAAGGCAACUGCAUAGACCAUGUCACACCUUCUCCAAAUUUCAUUCAGCAGCCAUUUGAUGAUGAUCCUGACAAAGAGAAAAAAAUAAAAGAACUUGAGCUGCUACUUAUGUCAGCCGAGAAUGAAAUCAGGAGAAAGAGAGUCUCAGCUCAAGUUGGAAAUUUUUCUAACUGGUCUGGAAGCUUCAUCAUGGAAGACAGCAUGUCAAAUACUCUAAACAGCCUUGGGGACCAAACAAACGACUUUUAUAUGGAUGAUACGCAGGCUGCAACAGCUCAGCAAAACUCACCUACCAAAUAUUUGGCUGUGGAGGCAAAUGCGGUGUUAUCCUCUCUACAGACCAUUCCUGAAUUUGCAGAAACGCUAGAACUCAUUGAGUCUGAUCCUGUAGCAUGGAGUGAUGUCACCAGCUUUGACCUCUCUGAUGCAGCUACCUCCCCUGUCAAUCAAGCUCCGGUAAAACUAAUGCGGAUUCAACACAAUGAUGGGGCUAUGGAGUGCCAGUUUAAUGUAAGUGUUGUACUUGAUGGCAAAAAAACAAGUGAUGAGGAAGAAUCAACAUCCCCAAGCGCAGCCAAGUUCAGCACUCCUCCGACUAUUUUGCGCAAGAAGAAGAAACUCAGAGCUGGGCAGUCACCUGUCAGUGAACAGAAUGACGGUUCAUGUAGCAAUGCGCCCAACAUUCCGUUAAAACAAACACCAGUGAAAACACUACCUUUUUCUCCUUCCCAGUUUUUCAACACCUGUUCUGGAAAUGAGCAGUUUAACCUUGAAAAUCCUGCAUUUACAUCAACUCCAGUUUGUGGCCAAAAAGUUCUUAUUACAACUCCUUUGCAUAAUAAAGAAAUGACACCGAAGGAUCAAAAAGAAAAUGCAGGUUUUAGGACACCUACUAUUAGAAGAUCUCUACUAGGUACAACACCAAGGACGCCUACGCCAUUCAAAAAUGCUUUAGCUGCUCAGGAAAAAAAAUAUGGUCCCCUGAAAAUUGUGUCACAGCCACUUGCCUAUUUGGAAGAAGAUAUUAGAGAGGUUUUAAAGGAGGAAACUGGAACAGAUAUAUUCUUCAAGGAAGAGGAGGAUUCGGUUUAUAAAGGCUGCACGAUAGAGAACCCUUCUGCAAAGAAAGUCAGAAAGUCAUUGGUCCUGGAUCCUUGGGAAAAAGAAGAGCUUGGUGCCCCGUUUUUCACAGAAGACAGUGUUUCAGAUGUACAGUCAGAAAAUAUCUAUACUACAUCACUCCUAAUGAUACCAUUAUUGGAAAUACAUGACAACAGAAGCAAUAUGACUCCAGAGAAACAGGAUUCCUGUUCAACAAAGCCAAAUGUAGUGAUGAAAAAAAAGCCGAAUACUUGCACUUCAAAAGCUGUCAAAACAGAAAAAACACUUCAGGCAAAUUGUGAAUGGGAAGCUGUUGUUUAUGGGAAGACAGAAGAUCAACUUAUUAUGACUGAGCAAGCAAGAAGAUAUCUGAGCACCUAUACAGCUACUGGCAGUACUUCAAGGGCACUGAUCUUGUGAUUGUCUCAAAACUCACCAAUCUACCUUUUUAAUUUUUACUACGGACUUCAUGCUGAAAUGUUUUUCAGUGAUGUAUGUGCUGAUACUUUUUUAGAUUUGAGACUGCCUUAUAAUGGAGAACUUGUGUCUCUUUUUCAAAAAUGACAA